AUGAAUCCCGAAAUGAACAAGCUCCUCAAAUGGAGUGUCCAGAACUCCCAGCAGCAGAAUGAGGACGGCUCCGUCACUGCCCCCGCCAGCGCCGAAGAACUCCAGCGCAACCUGACCCCAGACAUGAUCAAUGCGCUCAUGGGCGGUCCCUCCGAUGCCGAUCUCAUGAAGGCUGCCAUGGAAAUGCUCCACUCGGAUGAGGCAGACCUGGAGAACAAAUUGAUCGCAUUCGACAACUUCGAGCAGAUGAUCGAGGGUAUUGAUAAUGCGAAUAACCUGGAGCCUCUCGGCCUAUGGACUCCAUUGGUUAAGUUGCUUCAGCAUGAGGAUGCCGAUAUGCGCCGCAUGUCCGCGUGGUGUAUUGGUACUGCUGUGCAGAACAAUCAGACAGCUCAAGAUAAGCUUAUCGUCCUGAACGCCAUCGCCUCUCUCGUGAACGUUGCGACAACCGAUCCCAACCCCGCCACCCGCAAGAAGGCCGUCUACGCCCUCUCCUCCGCCGUCCGUAACUAUCAGCCUGCCAUGAACGAGCUAUCAAAGAGCCUCCCCGAGGGCUACCCCACAGAUAAAACUGAUGCCGCGGACAUGGAUGCUGUGGAUGUGAUUAUGGACAAGCUCCGCGCUCACCCCGUUGCCUCUGCCUGA